UACGCCGCCGGUUUUUUCGGAUCUUAGUGCAUUAUGUUAUAGCGUAUCAAAACGACUGAAUAUUUUUUAAGUCUGUUAAAACCAACAGAAUUUUUAUGAAUUCGGUGCUAACCUAUAUUGUUGAUGCGCCUGAGCCAACUGUACCAGUCACAGAGCCCAAAUCGGUCCUAGUAAUGAGAAAAUUUUUCACUAGAGUCUGGUGCCCUAAUUCUGCCGGAAAAAAACAUCUUUAGUAUUUCACUUAUGAUUCGAGUUAUAUUCGUCGUGCAGUAAUAUUUUUUUCUUUGCGGAAUAGAGCAAACAUUUCUCUAUCGAUUGAUAUAAAAUUAGUUAAAAAAGACUUUAUCAGUCAUUAAGGAGAAGCGUGAAAACACGGGCAGGGUCAGAUUUAAUCGAUUUUUCGUCCGUUUCUAAUUCAGCCGCUCCAUGUAAUGUUUUUUCCUAAUUCUGCCGAUUACAUGGAUAAUUGCAUUAAAUUUUAGAGUAAGCUCAUUAUUUUUACUAAAUCGAUUGAAUAUUGAUUUGAAAAAUAUACCAUUCGAUUCGUCUCGUCGUGGAGAAUUGACUAGUAUGUUUUUAAACAGAUUUAGAUCAGUCUUAUAUAAUUUUCACAAAAGAAAAAAUAGAUAGAGUUCAUCACUUGAAAUUCUGAUUGAAUGACUUUUUAAUGUCUGCUUGGGUUAACAAGAUUUACUUAUUUAAGUUUGAUUUUCUAUAAAAAUAUACAAUUUAAAUACACUUGAGAGAGAGAACGAUAUGCUAUAUGUGUGAUUCUUUCUAUAGAAUAAUUUUCCAGUAUAGAAACAACUUAUUCUGAGGAGUUGCUAGAAAAAAGAAUGAUUUAUUCAAAGAAUUUUGCUCGAUACUUUCGAAACUAUUUCAUAUACUAGCUAUACUCGAGAGAAAGAGAGAGAUCUCCUUUUAUUCUUACGCUUCUCUUCUAGUUAAUAUUCCUGCUAAUGCUACAUGGGCACAGAAAGGUGUGACUAUUGCUGGAGGUAACGGGCAAGGUGGUGCCACUGAUCAACUCAACUACCAUUUUGGUCUCUUCGUUGAUGAUGAUCAAACAGUGGUUAUUGCUGACUACAUGAAUCAUCGUAUCAUGCAAUGGAAGAACGGUGAUACAACGAAUGCACAAGUUGUUGCUGGUGACAAAGGCCAAGGAGAUGGAUCACAUCAAUUGUAUUGUCCAAGUGAUGUAUUAAUUGACAAAGAGACGGAUAGUCUCAUUAUUUGUGAUGCAGGGAAUCGAAGAGUUGUACGAUGGUCUCGUCGUAGUGGCACAACACAAGGUGAAAUACUCAUCGACAAGAUCGACUGUUGGGGAUUGGCUAUGGAUGAACAGAGAUAUCUCUACGUUUCUGACACCGAAAAACAUGAAGUAACACGAUAUCAAUUGGGUGAGAAGAAUGGCAUUCUCGUAGCUGGUGGUAAUGAUCAAGGUGAUGGUCUUAAUCAACUCAACGUGCCAACAUAUCUCUUUGUCGAUCGACAACAGACUGUCUACGUAUCAGACAGAAAUAAUCAUCGCGUAAUGAAAUGGAAUAAAGGUGCAAAAGAAGGUAUUGUGGUCGCUGGAGGACAA